CAGGCCCGGGUGCGCGCCAUCGCGGAGAUUGUGGGGGCGCUGGUGGCGGGGAUGCGGCGGGGCGAGGAUGUGGACCUCAAUGCGGUGAAGCGCGCCGCGCAGAUCAAGUACAGCGUGGACAAGGGGCCCAAGCUGGUGGAAAUCAUCGCGGCCCUGCCAGAGGAGCACAAGGCCGUGCUGCUGCCGCAGCUGCGCGCCAAGCCUGUACGUACAGCCAGCGGCAUCGCAGUGGUGGCCGUCAUGUCCAAGCCGCACCGCUGCCCGCACAUUGCCACCACCGGCAACAUCUGCGUCUACUGCCCAGGAGGCCCCGACUCGGACUUUGAGUACAGCACUCAGUCAUACACGGGGUACGAGCCGACAUCGAUGCGGGCGAUACGGGCGCGGUACAACCCCUAUGUGCAGGCGCGGGCGCGUGUGGACCAGCUGCGGCGCCUGGGGCACAGCGUGGACAAGGUGGAGUUCAUCCUCAUGGGCGGCACCUUCAUGUCGCUGCCCGCCGACUACCGCGACUACUUUGUGCGCAACCUGCACGACGCGCUGUCGGGGCACAGCUCCAAGGACGUGGCGCAGGCGGUCAGGUACAGCGAGCAGUCUCGCACCAGGUGCAUCGGCAUGACGAUCGAGACGCGCCCCGACUUCUGCCUCACCCCGCACCUGGCCCAGAUGCUGUCCUACGGCUGCACGCGGCUGGAGAUCGGGCUGCAGAGCACGUACGAGGAUGUGGCGCGCGACACCAACCGCGGCCACACCGUGGCCGCUGUGGGCGAGUGCUUCCACCUGGCCAAGGACGCGGGGUUCAAGGUCAUAGCUCACAUGAUGCCUGACCUGCCCAAUGUGGGGUGGGAGCGCGACAUCGAGUCGUUCCGCGAGUUCUUCGAGAACCCGGCCUUCCGCUCCGACGGCCUCAAGCUAUACCCCACCCUGGUCAUCCGCGGCACCGGCCUGUACGAGCUGUGGAAGCGGGGGCUGUACAAGAACUACGCGCCCGACAAGCUGGUUGACCUGGUGGCCCGCAUCCUGGCCUACGUGCCGCCUUGGGUGCGCAUCUACCGCAUCCAGCGAGACAUCCCCAUGCCCCUGGUGUCGUCGGGCGUGGAGAAGGGAAACCUGCGGGAGCUGGCGCUGGCGCGCAUGGGGGCGCUGGGGCUCAAGUGCCGGGACGUGCGCACGCGGGAGGCGGGCAUACAGGACAUACACCACAAGGCGAGGCGGGGGCAGAGGGGGGUGCGCCCUGAGGAGGUGGAGCUGAUCCGGAGGGACUACACCGCAAACGGCGGGUGGGAGACGUUCCUGGAGUAUGGCGACCCGCGGCAGGACAUCCUGGUGGGCCUGCUGCGCCUGCGCAAGGCCUCCGGCCCCGACGCCGAGCGCCAGCCAGAGCUGCGCGGCCGGUCCUCGGUGGUGCGGGAGCUGCACGUGUACGGCACGGCGGUGGCGGUGCACGCCCGGGACGCCUCCAAGUUCCAGCACCAGGGCUACGGCACGCUGCUGAUGCUGGAGGCUGAGCGCAUCGCCCGCCACGAGCACCGCUCUGCCAAGCUGGCGGUCAUCAGCGGCGUGGGCACGCGCCACUACUACCGCAGGCUGGGGUAUGAGCUGGAGGGGCCCUACAUGGUGAAGAGGCUAGAGGCGGCGCCGUCACGGCGGCGGCAGACCCGCCAGCAGCAGCAGCAGCAGCGGCCUGGGGCAGGGUGAGCUGCGGCUGCACUCGCUGCAGGGGGCAACGGUUGGUUUGUACCUUGCAAAGGCCUUGGAUAUGUACCACGAUGUUGUUAUGUUGCUUCACGUGCUGCACCUGUUUUGGACUGUAACAGACCCGGUCGC